AUGGCCACCCUGUCCAACUACCAGCUGGGGGACCUCCUAGGGCGGGGUGCUUCCGGCAACGUCUACCGCGCCCUCAACUUUCUCACAGGCGAGACGGUCGCCAUCAAAUCCAUCUCCCUCCUCUCCCUCACCCCGUCCCUCCUCCCCGACAUCAUGUCCGAAAUUGACCUGCUCAAGAACCUGAACCACCCGAAUAUCGUCAAAUACAAGGGCUUCGCGAGGGACAAGGAGAAUCUGUUUAUUGUGCUCGAGUACUGCGAGAACGGGUCACUACAGACUAUCCUCAAGAAAUUCGGCAAGUUUCCUGAAUCGCUUGUCGCCGUCUACAUCAGCCAAGUCCUCCAGGGGCUCAUAUAUCUCCACGAACAGGGUGUCAUCCACCGAGACAUCAAGGGCGCCAACAUCCUCACCAACAAAGACGGCUCCGUCAAGCUCGCCGACUUUGGCGUCUCCUCCCGCGCCACUGCUCCCCUAGCAGACUCGGGCGAUGCGGAGGUGGUGGGGAGCCCGUAUUGGAUGGCGCCGGAGGUGAUAGAGCAGAGCGGGGCGAGUACGGCGAGUGAUAUUUGGAGUGUGGGGUGUGUGGUGGUGGAGCUGAUGGAGGGGAAGCCGCCGUACGGGGAUUUGGCGCCGAUGCAGGCGUUGUGGAGGAUUGUGCAGGACGAGGGGAUGAGGGUGCCGGAGGGUGCUAGUCCGAUUGUGAAGGACUUUCUCUAUCACUGCUUUCAAAAAGAUCCCAACCUCCGAGUCUCUGCCAAAAAGCUCCUCCGUCACCCGUGGAUGCUCUCUGUCAAGAUAUCUGCCGAAUCCUCCCCUUCCUCGCCACUAUCUCUCAAGAACGAAUCGGAGCUCAAGGAAAAGGCAAAGCCGAGUGAAGAAGAGACGGAGAAGAAUAGCAAAGAUGAGGGACUCAAGGUGCCGGAGCGAGACGAGAACAGCGGCAGUGGGACUGUCCGAGCCAAGAAGCCCAUGACAGUAUACGACCAGGCCGUCCAGCGUGUCCAAGAAUGGAACGAAGCUCUAAACGGCAAGCCGCUUCUCCCUCUCCACUUUAAUUACGGAGCUGAUAGAUCACAGCUGUCCCCAAAGCAGGCUCAACCCGCCUCCCCCUCCCCGUCCCCCGAAAACAAUCCAUCUCCUCCCGCCCCCAACGCCAACGAGGCGAAUCCAACCCCCCUCUCGCCUUAUUCACACUCCCUACCAUACCGCAGACGUCGCCAGCGUCGGCACAUCCGUCGAGCCAUUCGUCGGGGGGGAGGGCCGGGGUUGUUGACGAAGAAUUUUAUGGUUAGUGAUGUGUUGAAUAGGGCGAAAGAGGAGGAGGGUGGGGAGAAGUGGGAUGAUGAUUUUGCGGAGGAUAUUACGCUUUCAAAACUGCCCAGUCGGAAGGACGAGCCGCAGGCAGCGGAUGAAAUCAACCAAAAGACAGUCCGGCCUCUACGGGAGAGUUUACCGUUGAAGGAGGCGCCGAAGGCACUUGAACCCUUGCUCGAGAAACCUCUGACUUCUGAACCUUCUAGCGGUAAACACGUCUCGAGCGAUGAUGAUUAUUCGGAUAUGGCGUUUGGUGAUAACGAGAAAGCUCUCGAGACGAAAUUUGCCCAGCUCAAACUGAAAGCAAAGACGAGACGAGGGAUCAUGCACCCAGACGAUAUCCACAAAAUCCCCCUCUCACCCAUCUCCAAACAAACCCCCACCAAACCCCCCGUCCGAUCCGUCUCAAACCCCACCCCUCCUUCCACCCUCCCCAUCCCACCUUCCCCGCGUCCCGGGAUUCCGGGCAGGUCGUCCCCUUCUUCGAGACAGAAUUCGCUGAGGGGUAAAGCGAAGGUGGGAGAAGAGGUGGAGGAGCAGAUGAAAAAGUAUACGGAGAAUGAAGAGGAAGAGUGGGAAGAUGUCUUUGUUGGCAACAACUCCCACCUCUCUCACCAUUCCAAAACGCUCCCCCGCUCUCUGCACCUCACAGCCCCAACAUCCUCCACCCUCUCGCUCUCCACAACCACCCCUUCAACUCCAGGUUUCCCACAGUCGGGGGCGUAUGAAGAAGAAGAUUCGGAGCAAGACCCGUUUGCAGAGAUUGAUGAUGAUUUCGAGAAUGUGGGGGAAGAUGAUAUGGAGGCGAAUGUGGUGAGAGAUAAGAGGGCGACGUUGAUGGCGGCGGUGGGGAGGUUGAUUGAUGGGCUGGACCCGCACAAGUCGGCGUUCGAGCUGAAGGGCGUUUGUGAUGAAUUGCUUGAUUUGAUGGAGAAUACGACACCGGAGAUGGGAUUGGAGAGUCAUUUCGUGACGCAUCAUGGGAUGAUGGCGGUUCUGGAAGUUUUGGAGUCGAGAUUGAGCAGGGAGGUCGCGGUCAGGCUUUUGAGGCUUGUCAAUCUGAUCGUUGGGAGCGAUGUAGAGAUGCUCGAAAGUUUUUGUCUGAUUGGUGGUAUUCCCGUCAUCAUUCCAUACACCUCCAAAAAACACUCUCUUGAAAUCCGGCUCGAAGCCUCCACAUUCAUUCAACACCUCACCGCCUCUCCCCUCACGCUUCAGAUGUUCAUCUCUUGCCGCGGCCUCCGCAUCCUGGUCGAGCUCCUGGACGAAGACUACGUUGCCAACUCGAGUCUCGUGGGGAGCGCGUUGGAGGGUAUCAAAGAGGUCUUUGAGCUGCAGAGUCCGACGCCGAGGAAUGACUUUGUGAGGAUGUUUGUGAGGGAGGGGGUCAUUGAUCCGUUGUCUACGGCGUUGCUGGCGAUUUUGAAGGAUUUGAAGGGGUCGUAUGUAGAGGAGGAGAAGGAGAAGGAUGCGGAGGAGAUGGCGGUUUACGAGCUGGCGAAUAGGGCGGUUGGGGUGUUGUUGCUGUUCUGUCAGGUGGCACAGGCGGAUGGGAGGGUGCAGGAAGCGUUUGCCGUGAGGACUAUCAUGAUUCGGUUGUUGAAGGCGUGCGGACUUUUACCUCGCAAGCUGUUGAUUACCGCUAUCAAAGCCAUCAAGCAUCUUUCAACGUCUCCCCAGUUGAUCGAAGUCCUGCAAAACUCGAACGCUAUGGACAUUCUUGUCGAGCUUCUUGGCAAGAGCAUCAAGGGAUCGCAUAGCAAUGAGAUCUGCUCGCACCUUUUCCAAACCAUCUACUCCAUGACUCGCCUCUCCAAAUCCCGGCAAGAAGAAGCCGCCUCGAGCGGUAUCAUCCCUCUCCUCAAACGCGUCAUCCAGAACAAGAGCCCUCUCAAGCAAUUCGCCCUGCCGAUCUUGUGCGAUCUGGCGAAUGCUGGCAAGGGGAGUAGGCGGUUGCUGUGGCAGAAUGACGGGCUGAGAUUGUAUCUGGAUUUGUUGCAAGAUCCGUAUUGGCGUGUCAGUGCGCUGGACUCUAUUCUCUCAUGGAUGCAAGACGAGACAGCCAGGGUGGAAGACGUCCUGCUCGAACAAGACUCUUGCGACUCUCUCGCCAUGUGCUUUGUCCAAGCCUCCGGCGUCUCUUUCGAAGGCAUCCUCGAUCCUUUCCUCAAAAUCCUCCGUCUAUCCACAUCCCUCACAUCCUCCCUCUCCCACCCACCAUUCUUCUCCCGCCUCUCCGACUCUCUCGAGCGCUCUUCCAAAGCCGUCACCAAACUCAACCUCCUCCGUCUCACCAAAGCCAUCUGCGAAUCCCACCCCGACCGGCAAACCCUCGUCGAACGCUUCAGCCUCGCGGACAUUGUGGAGAGGCUGAGUAGGCAGGAUGGGGCGGUGUUGGUGAGAGAGUUGGCGAAGGAGGUGUUGCCGGGGUUGUUGUUUGGGAGUGAUGUGCCUGAUUUGGGGGGGGAGGUUGUGAGGGAGGAGUUGGAUGCGCGGGACGGUAGUUUUAGGAGCUCGAGGGGGAAGAGCGAUGGGAGGAGGGAGGGGGUCAAGACGUCGUCGCAACUGCGACGGACGUUGUCUGAGAAUGUCGUUAGCGAUGCUCUCCACCCCCACACUCGUCCCGAGCCGCAUGUGCCGCCUGUACCGUCUGUGCCGAGUACGAUCUCCAGAGCAACGGGGAGUGGGAGUACGAGGCAUGGGGCGUCGUCGAGUAUCUCGACGUUUUCGAGCUCUUCUUCCGGCUCAUCGAGAGGGGCGCAUAGGGUGUCCCUACGCCCCGUAUCGCAUACCAACAACGCCUCCCUCUCUUCCUCUCUCUCUUCCUCCACCUCCACCUCCACCCCCCUCUCAAGCCGAGGCCGGAUCUCACCCCUCCCACCACUAACCUCUCCUCGACCAUACCCCCAACCGUCUUCUUCCUUCCCACAGCCAAUGCUCGUCCCACUAGCAGACAAAGACGCCGUGAAAGGGGCAGCGGAAAAGCCAAAACAUAAGAGACGUAUAUCGAGGAGUCAGUUGAAAGAUAUGCAGUGGCAGACGGAUGAGAAUGGGAAUGUGCGGAAGGAUUUGGGCCGGGUGGGGAAUAGGUUGUCGAGGUUUACGAUUGAAUGAAAAGACGACGACCGUUGGAAUUGAGAGUAGAUGUUUAUAGAGUCUUUUGGUCCUUGUACGCUUGUCACGAAAUAAAAACAACCUUGUCUAUAAUGCAACUUUAUUACGA